AUACAGACUUAAAUGGUCUGAUUAAAGCCCUGGUAAUCAUUUGAACACCCCGAUUUGGUGACGUUCGGCGUUCUGCAGGACCUUCCAACAUCGCGGUGGUGGGUCAUUGCCAUUGGUGGUAGUGCAAAGCAAUUAGUCGUUUGAGGCAUCUUCUUGUUUUGGCUCAACUUGUGUAUGUGGGGUGUGAUCUCAAUUUAUCUUAUAUAUGUGCUGGAUUUAUGCUGUGAUGCACUUGUUUGAGACUUUGAGUUUUUUUGGGGGGGGGGGGGGGGGGGGGUGGAGGGGGUUUUCUUUCCCAAUUGUUUGGUAAGUUGUCUUUCCAUUGGGCGGCUCAUCUCCACUUUGUUAACUUUCCCGUUUACAACAAAACUGAUCUUGUCAUUUAGGAGACACAACAGAUUCCUUUUACCACUUCUCUUCCCCGAGCUUUAUUCUCCAUGGGCAAUUGUCCUCUCCUGCAGCCACCCACUCCAUUCGUACGGAGUGACCAGAACCACAAACAUAUUCCGUAUCCCCUUUCUGCUCCCGAGCUUGCUCUCCAUCCAUGCCCACGAAUUAUCACCCUCAACAGCCACAUUGAUUAUUCGCGUCUCUGUAAACUUUCUGUGUAUUCGUUUAGUCAGCAGCAAUGGAUCUUCUUCACCCUCUCCUCCUCUCGCUUCUCGCCGUCUCUACUUGCUUCCUCCUGAAAUUCGCCCACUCCGCCAUCUGGGUUCCCUUCGCGAUCCAGCGCCACUUCAAAAAUCAAGGAAUUUACGGCCCCGGUUACCGUCCGUUCUCCGGGAAUUCGGCCGAGAUCCGCGGCCUCUUCGCCCGAGCAGCUCGGUCAAAGCCUAAGUCAACGCCGGCGGCAGGAGGAUUCCACCACCGCGACGUUGUCGCCAGGGUGUCCCCAUUCUACCACGAGUGGUCGCGCGCGUACGGGAAGACUUUCUUGUACUGGUUUGGGCUCAGGCCCAGAUUGGCCGUAACGAGCCCGGAAGUUAUCAAGGAGGUGCUGUUGAACACGGGCGGGUCGUUUGGGAAGGUCCGGUUGAACCCGCUGUCCAAGCUGCUGUUCGGCGAGGGGCUUAUUGGGCUUGCGGGUGAUAAAUGGGCCCUUCAUAGACGGAUCACAAACCAGGCCUUCAACAUGGAGAGAGUUAAGGAAUGGGUGCCGGAGAUUGCGUCCAGCGCCGGGAAAGUGCUGGAGAAAUGGGAAUCCAUAAGAGGAGAAAGGGAAGAGUUCGAGAUCGACGUCCACAAAGAAGCCCACAAUCUGUCGGCCGAUAUCAUCUCAAGGACCGCCUUCGGUAGCAGCUUCGAAGAAGGGAAACGGAUCUUCGCGCUCCAGGAUCAGCAACUGGAUCUCGUCUCUCUCGCCCUGAGAAGCGUCUACGUUCCAGGGUUCAGGUUCCUGCCCACGAGGAAGAACAGGGAGAGGUGGAGAUUGGAGAAGGAGACUCGGGAUUCAAUUAGGGUUUUGAUUUGGGGGAACGGCAGGGGAUUGGGGGAUUCCAGAAAUCUGCUGACUUUGCUGACCACUUCGCACAGGAAUCAGGACGAUGUGAUAGACGAGUGCAAGACGUUUUACUUUGCAGGGAAAGAAACGACUGCUAAUCUCUUGACUUUUGCUCUGCUGCUGUUGGCGAAUCAUCAAGAAUGGCAGGAGAAGGCUCGUGAGGAAUUGUUUCGUGUAUGUGGAAGAAGAGACCAACCUCUCGUUGCAGAGAAUCUGAGGGAGCUUAAGAUUUUGAGUUUGAUAAUCAACGAAACUCUGAGAAUGUACCCUCCAGCAGUGAUGAUAAUGAGGGAGGCCACCAAGAGAGUCAAGCUGGGCAGCCUGGAAGUUCCUGCAGGAACACAACUCUACGUCCCUGUGAUAGCCAUUCACUACGACCCUGAAAUAUGGGGUGGAGAUGCUCAUGAGUUCAAUCCUUCACGGUUCGAGGAGCCUCGAAAGCAUAUGGCUUCGUUCUUCCCCUUUGGAAUCGGUCCCAGGAACUGUGUGGGUCAGAAUUUGGCGGUCGUUGAAGCCAAGAUAGUGUUGGCUACCAUCAUCGGGAGCUACUCUUUCGUACUGUCCCCAACUUAUGUUCAUUCCCCUAUGGUUUUGAUCAGCUUGCAGCCUCGGUAUGGAGCUCAGAUUGUGUUUAGAAAGAUUUCUGGAAAUGGAGACUCAUAGGCGCCGUGUUGUUAGAGAUGGUUGCUUGUUCACGAGACUAGUGUACGAUUGCAAUUUUGUAUGAUUGUUUGUAUUGUGGAAUAUCUAAAUGGUCAGAAUCUGUACAUUGAACUCGUCAACACCUUCAUCAUUCAUGUUCAAAAUUUUUGGAUUCCUCUGUGAGGUCACACCCUAUGGCUGGCGGACUUCAUCAGUCGACAGUCAUGUUCAAAUUUGUGGAUUCCUCAAUGAGGUCACAUCCUAUGGCUAGGCGGCAAGCGCCAAAGGUUAUUGAGUUGGCAUUCACAACAGUCUUGGAAUCAACAGCUAGCUUGUUCAACAAUCUCAUAAUCCUCCAUUUUUUUGUUGUUGUUUGAAGUUGUGAUCAAUUCUUUCUUUGCAUAGUGUAUCUAAUAUGCGCAUAAUAUACCCGAAUCGAUUUCAAAGCAGUUUUUUCUAUGACUCUUUCUCUAAUUCCUACUUUUCUUCCUAAAAAAAAAUUAUACUUGUCUUAACAACAUUCAUAGAGAAUGUGUUUGGUGGUUUCAAUCAGGCCACAUAACCGACACUCGGAACCUGCCUGAGCACUGGAUAUGGAUGCUUUCGAUGAAUUACCAAAAAACGAAAGAAGGGUGAAUCAAAAUAAAGCUCUAUAGCUUUAACUUUCUAUAACCGAAUAGCCAGAAAGUGGUGUUGACGACAAGAUAUUCUAAUGGACGGGGAAAAGCAACCCCCAAUCAAACCGCCUCGAGAGUAAUGAAGUAGCUCGACUGCCCUUGUUUAGUUCAUCACUUCAUUCGGAUAUAGAGUUGUAUUCCUAGUUAAAGGACCAAUUGACUCAUUUCUUGCCUUGUCUUGGGCAUAAAAAAAACAUCUUCACGUAUUGUUCGGGGAGGGGGCGGAACUUGAAGUCGAGUAAGACAUUAUUCCACUUCUCGAUUCUUUUACCAGCCAACAGUGGCGGAGGGAGAGGGUUAGAGAGUGGUUCCCCGGACCCACUCUGGCUCGGGAGGAAAAUGAUAAAUUACGUAUAAUAGUUAAUCUGGUAUUAAAAAUAAUAUGUAUUUAAAUGAAAAUGAUUGACCUUAGAAUACUUGAUGUAUGAUUUCUAAGUUGUGUAUUGAGAUAUUCAAUUUUUAUAACGAGCUAUGUACAAAUGAAAAUGGUGCAUAUGAUCCAUGCAAAUUAUAGCUAAUUUGUAAAAAUAAUUUUAUUUCAAUCAGAAUAGGGAGAGUGUAACAGCCUAACGAGUGGAUACUAAGGACGAAAAUGAGUAAAUUAGUUUAAUAAUUAAUUGAGAAUGAAAUUUAGGACAUUUUUUAUUGAGAAUGGUUGGUCGAGAGAUCAUGUGUUCAAAUCUUGAAGUGCCCCAUUUGUUAAGCACAUGAUAUUUGGAUUUGUGAAAUACUAAAUAGUUUAAGAUCUAUUUUUAAAUCUUUCUCAACCACUCGAGUUAUUGAUACUAAACGAUUUUGACAAAGAGCAACAUUAGAAAGCAAAUUUCUAACUAAAUCACGAAUGAUUGUUUGACACAUAUAAAGUAAUAUAUUGAUAGUUUCGACACAUAUUUAAUUUACCAAGUUUUGUAAAUACAAAAUUAUAUCAUGAAUGAUUUAAAAAACUAAUAAUUUUUUUUAUCGUAUGCAUUUUUUCCUAAAUGGACACACCCUCGACAAAAUCCUAGCUACGCCACUACCAGCCAACCAACGUGAUAAGCAAGAAGAGCGAACAUAAGUCAUCUUGUUGGUAUGAAAUGAGGCUUUGUUGCAAACUAUGAAGAAGCAAAACAACAUCAAAUUUCCUACUAUAUUUGUCUUUGCGAUAUUUACUAUUUUUUUAUGUUUCGAAUAUAGUACAUCUUUUUUUUAACUAUAAGAAACUCACACUUUCACA